AUGCCGUCACUACAGUACCUGCCACUUUUCAUCUCCCACAAGGUUUUCUUGUGGAUUGGAAAUAAGACUACACAAGCACUGCCAAAGGAAGGAAAGGCAAGGUCAUUGAUGGAGGCUGCCGUGGUGACUGCAUCACACGGCGCUAUGGGCUCCUUGAUAGCGAAGCUUGGUGAUUUGCUCGCAGCUGAGUACAAGCUGCUCAAAGGAGCUAAGGGACAGAUCUUGUUCCUCAAAGCUGAGCUUGAGAGCAUGCAUGUCUUCCUCAAGAAGAUCUCAGAUACUGAGCAGCCUGAUGAGCAAGACAAGUGUUGGGCCAAGGAGGUACGUGAGCUGUCCUAUGAUAUUGAGGACAGUGUCAGUGAGUUCAUGCUCCGUGUGGAACACAAGUCAAGCUGCAAGCCACGCGGAUUCAUGGGUUUCAUAAAUAGGAGCACAAAGUUGUUGACGACCAUGAACAUUCGGCAUGACAUUGCCAAAGAGUUUGAAGGCCUCAAGGUCCGUGUCGUCGAGGUCAGGGAGCGACGCAUGAGGUACCAGCAGACUAAUGAUGUUGCCCCUAGGACAACCAACACAACCAUUGAUCUUCGGUUGUUAGCAAUGUAUGCAGAGGCAUCUGGCCUUGUGGGCAUGGAUGGCCCCACAGAUGAACUGAUUCAGUUGAUGGGUGGAGGGGAUGAGCUAAAGGUGCUCUCUAUAGUUGGAUUUGGAGGCCUAGGAAAAACUACGCUUGCAAAUGAGAUUUAUUGCAAGCUUCAGGGGGAGUUCCAGUGUCGAGCCUUCGUGUCUGUGUCCCAAAAACCAAACAUUAGGAAGCUUCUGAGAACCAUGCUAUCUCAAGUUGGCUUUGUAGCUCCUAUGGACACCAACAUGGAAAUUUGGGAAGAGACAGAAUUCAUUAGUGCGCUACGAAAAUUCCUUCUAAAACAGAGGUACCUAAUUGUAAUUGAUGACAUCUGGGAGGCUCCUGCAUGGGAUAUUAUUAGAUGUGCUCUUCCAGAGAACAUUAAUGGCAGCAGAGUAUUAAUAACUACACGAAUUGAGACUGUGGCCAGAGCUUGCUGUGCUAAGAACAUUGAAUGUGUUUACAAGAUGAAGGCCCUUAGUGACCAAGACUCACGAAGCUUAUUCUUCAAAAGAAUUUUUGGUGCAGAGGAAGCUUGCCCUCCAUAUUUGAUGGAAGUGUCUGCUCAAAUUUUAAAAAAAUGUGGUGGUUUGCCACUUGCAAUUAUCACAACAUCUAGCCUAAUAGCAAGCCAACCAAGCAAACUAAAGGAGCACUGGGAACAUGUAAGGGACUCUCUGGGCUCCAGCUUUGAAGUGAGCCCAAGCUUGGAUGGCAUGAGACAAAUAUUAAACCUCAGCUACAUAAACCUUCCUCAUUAUUUGAAGACUUGUAUGCUAUAUCUCAGCAUUUAUCCAGAGGACUACACAAUCAAUAAGAAUGAUUUGGUUAGACAGUGGGUAAGUGAAGGUUUUAUAUGUGAAGGUCGUGGGACAGAUCCAGAGGAUAUUGCAAAGAGCUAUUUUAAUGAGCUUAUCAAUAGGAGUUUGAUUCAGCCCGUACAUACAAACUACAAUGGUGAGGUGAUGUCUUGCAGGGUUCAUGACAUGAUGCUUGAUCUUAUCCUAUAUAAAUCCAGAGAAGACAAUUUUAUCACUGUAAUGGAUGAUAUACAAGAUUUGACAAGACAGCCUGCAAAGAUCCGUCGACUCUCACUCAGUUUGGAUGGUGCAAUAGAUGAAACAGUAGGAAGAUCCUUCCAGCUAUCCCAAACACGAAUGCUAGCAAGAUUUGGUACCUCUUUAUAUCUACCUCCUAUUUUACAGUUCAAGCAUCUCCGAGUUUUGACGAUUGAAAUUUCAAGUGGGCCCUAUUCAUCUGAGUCACUUGACUUGAAUGGAAUAUGUCAUUUGUUUCAACUGGGAUUCUUAAAGAUCAAAGCAAGUGGUCGUCAUGUGGUGUUACCUAGUAAAAUUGGACGUCUGCAGCAACUGAAAACAUUUGAAAUAGAUGUUGGACAAUCAGAACUGCAGCUACCAUCAGAUAUUGUUCAUUUGAGCCGUUUAUGGCAUCUAAUUGUUCCAGUCAAAGUAAUAUUUCCUAGUGGGAUCAGUAACAUGAAAUCAUUGCGUACUCUACAUUUUUUUCAUUUGAGAAACUCACUAGACAAUAUCAAGGGUCUGAGAGAACUGACAAAUCUGACAAAUGUUCAAAUCGGAUAUUUUGACUACAAAUCCACCAAUAUAGACGAGUUUGCUGCAAAAUGUAGGGAACUUGUGCACGCCCUUGGAAACAUUUGCAGCCUCAAAUGUCUACUUAUUCAUAGUUAUUACCUAUCUGUCACUCUCAGAGCCUGCUUAGAUUCAUGGUGUUCAGUCCCAACUUCUUUCAUUCAUCUCCAGAGCUUUCAUGCAAAGUACUAUCCCUGGUUCUCGAGGAUUCCUGGGUGGAUUGGCCAGCACCAUAGCCUCUAUGACCUGCAGCUUAGUGUUCAGGAUGUGUAUGGGGAUGACGUUGGGAUUCUCUCACAGUUGCCCUCCCUUGUCCGCCUCCACUUGCACAUCCAUGGAGUUCCUAAAGACAAGAUCAUCAUCCGUGGAAGAGGAUUCCCUGUUCUCAAGCAUUUUACAGUUGGAUGUUUCAGGAUAUCGUACCUGGCCUUUGAGGCAGGGGCGAUGCCGAAGCUUGAAAGGCUCGAGCUAUGUUUCAAUGCACAGGGAUGGGACAGGUAUGGUGGUGUGCCUGCUGGCAUCGAGUACCUAUCAGGCCUCAAGGAAGUCAUCGGAGACAUCGGGGGCCGAUGUGUAAAGGGAUCCAAUAGAAGGGCUGCAGAGUCUGCGCUCAGGGACGUGGCUGGCCUGCACCCAGGUCACCCUGUAUCCAACAUCAAAGUGUCGGACGGGGGGCGUUAUCUAUUUGAUGGCAACGAUGAUGAGCCCCGGGAACAAGAGGACGGGAAUAGUAGCAGUGCCUAG